AUGGAUGAUCAAUUCAAUUCAACUAUUCAUCUUAUACGUGGCGCCGAUGAUGUUUCACAAUUACAGACAAUCCGGCGUAUUCGACUAGGUUACAAUGAUCUAGGAGAAGAAGGCGCACAAUUCAUUGGUGAAGUCUUAAAAAAAAAUACGUCUAUUCAUACAUUAAAAUUAAAUACAAACUCUAUAACCGAUAUGGGAGCAGCAUAUUUAGCUGAAAUAUUAAAUGAGAACAAAACUAUAACUGUACUUGAACUCAAUUCAAAUAAAAUUCAGGAUAAGGGAAUAGAAAAUCUUGCUGAUAUUAUUAUUAAAAACAAAACACUUAAAACACUAAGUUUAAAUAAUAAUCCAAGUGUUUUAGGUGUGGCAUUAGAAAAAUUUGUAACCGUACGCCAUAACAAAGAGUUGAAAUGUUUACAGAUAUGGGGAAAACAUAUAGGGUUAAUUGGUGCAAAAUAUAUUAGUCUCGGUUUACAAGAAAAUACGACUCUUACUGAAUUAGACCUCACUUACUGCAAUAUUGGAGAAGAAGGGAUGAAAAAUAUUGCUGAUGCAUUAAAUUAUAAUAAAGUACUUACCAGUUUCGAUCUCCGAAAAAAUCAGAUCGGAAAUGAAGGAGUAAAUUGUUUCGUCAAUGCACUCAAAAAUAACACGAAUCUGAAAAAUCUCUAUCUAGAUGAAAAUGAAAUUACUGAUGGUAAAGCUGUUUCAGCUAUACUGAGAUUUCGGGAUUAUAACUACGACUGUCUUCGCCUCGACUUUUAUGGAAUGGAAGACAAUUUAAUCGAAUUGUUGUCAUCUGUUUUACAAAGAAAUACAGUAAUCAUCCAUCAAUCUCUUGUUUAA